GUCAAUAUAGCUUCUAUAGUAUGUAGGUAGUAUUUCUUCUAUAUAUUAAUCGUGAACUUGAAGGUCCAUGUAUACUAAAAACGCAAGAUCUCAAUCAAUGCGAUUAUCUCCCGAGUCCUUUACAGCUACUUCGCUUCACACCUUUUUCCACAUUACCAGCCAAUUCAAUUAAAGUCUCGUUGCAUUCCAUCUACCUAUUUAACUUGCCAAGAAUGUCCUCGCCUGAUAGUGCCGCUCGACGCGUACUUCGGAUUGGUAUCAUUGGCUGUGGCGAGAUAGCCCAAGUUGCCCAUAUCCCCAAUAUCAAUUUUCUGUCGCAUCUAUUCCGAACCACAUACCUGUGCGAUAUCUCGAAGGAUGCGCUUGAACAUUGUUCGACGAAGGUCAAUGGUUCCAUCCCAAAUACCACUACUGAUCCCGAAGUUCUAUGUUCUUCCGACGAAGUUGAUGUUGUCUUGAUCGCAAACGCGGAUGCGUAUCACGUGGAGCAUGGGCUGCUCGCCCUUAAGAACAACAAGUAUUGUUUAAUCGAGAAGCCAGCUGCGGUAUGCUUUCGAGAUCUGGAUAGGCUCGUAGAGGCAGAGAAGUCCUCAAAGGGUAAAGUGUUUGUGGGUACGAUGCGCCGUUUUACCUCCGCAUUCGUAGACGCCGUACAGGAAGUGGGCGGGUUCGACAAGAUCUUGUAUGCGCGUGUCAGAGACAUCAUCGGACCAAACUCAGUUUUCGUCGACCAAUCUGGAACCUUUCCGCAGAAGUUUAGCGACUUCAGCGAUUCCGACACGCAAGAUCGACUUAAGCGCGAAGAUGAUAUUCAACAUCAAGCGCUAGACAAGGAGUUCGGGGUCCCUGUCACACCUGAAUCUAGGCGCAUGCUGCGGGUCCUUGGAGGUCUCGGAACACAUGAUCUAUCAGCCAUGCGUGAAAUAAUCGGUAUGCCACGUGGUGUAUCCGGGGCGAUGCUUACAUUUCCGGGAAUCUUUAGCGUCCUUUUCGACUACGGCAAUUUCUGCGUGACUUAUGAGUCUGGGUUCGUCAAUGUUCCUGAAUUUGACGCGCACAUUGAAGUGUACUCGCCCGAUAAAAUUGUUCGCGUUGAGUUCGAUACUCCGUAUGUAAAGGGCCUGCCGACGGUCAUGGUUGUCAAAGAAAAGGUUGGUGACAGCGGUUUCCAAAAGCGGAAGGUCAGAAAGACAUAUGAAGAUGCGUAUGUGUUGGAAUUGAAGGAACUUUACCGCUGCGUAGUUGAAGGCGACUUGCCAAAGACUAGCGCAGCUGAUGCAAGGAACGAUAUUGAACUAUUUCGAAUGAUAUUGCAAGCCGGCGCAGAUAGAUAUCGUUAGGUACUACAUAGGUACUGGGUAGUCAUAUGAAAGAUCGGCUCAAGCUGAAAAUUAAA